UUAAGCGAUACAGUGAGCAUAUAACGCUAUAAAACGCUGCAUUGAAUCCUCCGUUUCUCUUAUUCUUUCUCUCUCGUUUAAGAAUCUCUUCGUUCUCUCUCUAAACCCCAACAGGAACACGCACGGAGCUCCCUCCAAGUAUCUAAAGUUCCUCAUCUCGCGCGUGCGGCUUGCACGCUCUUCCCCUUCCAAUUCUCCCUUCUAUUUUUAAAAUAAAAUAAAAAUUUCAGCCAUUACUUUCUCCAGUAGAUCCCCAUUCCUACUCUAAAUCCUCUUAAGUUGAAGAAGAUAACACUGAAACAUCCAAAAAGCAUCGUUUUACUCCAAAAAGAGCUUUCUCCAUUGAAGGCGUUUGCAUUGUGGAUUUUUCAAAUGUGUGGAAGAGACUUUUGAAUUUCCGGUGACUGUCCUUCCGGUUAAUCCACGUGGGUAUAUCGCUUUCCAGAAAUAUGUUCCCUCCAGUGAUUCUCCUUCUGUUAAAAUGAAGCCUUUGAUUUUUUCCACUAAGGUGCAAAAGAAUGCUCAACUUGCAAAUGCAGAGACAUGUCAUUCUGACAAGCGUGAUGUAGAUGUUGACCUCGGGGAAAUUUACUUUUUGAUUAUGCAUUUUCUUUCAACCAGCCCCUGUAAAAGAACAUGUGGACAGUUUUGGAAUGAAGUGCUCGAAAAUCAACUUCUACCCAGAAGGUAUCAUGCCUGGUAUUCAAGGAAAGGGACACAUAGUGGACAUGAAAACGAUGAUGGCAUGACAUUCCCAUUAAGUUAUGCUCAGUUGGUGGAAAGGAAUCCUCACAUUGAAGCAGAUCACUUGAUAAAGCUUUUAAAGCAGUUGUUGUUAAGUGCAUCCUCCCCAUCAGAAGGCAUAAGUGCGAGACACACUCCAAAUGCAGCUGAUGUCCCCACCCUUUUGGGAACAGGGCGCUUUUCUCUUUUGAGUUAUAAUAGCAAUAAAGGAAAAAGUGAAGUCAAAUGUCCUCCUGUUCAUAUGCGUUGGCCUCAUAUGCAUGGAGAUCAGGUUCGUGGACUGAGUUUAAGGGAAAUUGGGGGUGGUUUCACAAGACAUCAUCGUGCACCUUCUAUUCGUGCAGCAUGUUAUGCCAUUGCAAAACCAUCAACUAUGGUGCAGAAGAUGCAAAAUAUCAAGAGGUUACGGGGGCACCGUAAUGCUGUCUAUUGUGCAAUAUUUGAUCGAUCUGGGAGGUAUGUUAUUACUGGUUCUGAUGAUCGUCUUGUAAAAAUUUGGUCUAUGGAGACCGCAUAUUGCUUGGCCAGCUGCCGUGGACAUGAAGGUGACAUAACUGACCUGGCUGUCAGUUCCAAUAAUUUUAUGGUGGCAUCCUCCUCGAAUGACUGUAUUAUUCGUGUUUGGCGCUUGCCAGAUGGACUGCCAAUUUCAGUUCUGCGUGGACAUACUGGAGCUGUAACUGCCAUUGCAUUUAGUCCUAGGCCAGGCUCUGUAUAUCAGCUUCUAUCGUCAUCUGAUGAUGGGACAUGUAGGAUAUGGGAUGCUAGGAAUGCUGAAAUCCGUCCACGGAUAUAUGUUCCCAGGCCUUCAGAUUCUGUAGCUGGAAAGAACAAUGGUUCAUCUUCAGGUGCUGUUCAACAGAGCCAUCAAAUCUUUUGUUGUGCAUUCAAUGCUAAUGGAUCUGUCUUUGUCACUGGUAGCUCGGACACUUUAGCUAGGGUGUGGAUUGCUUGUAAACCCAACACAGAUGAUUCAAACCAACCAAAUCAUGAGAUUGAUGUGUUAGCUGGACAUGAGAAUGAUGUCAAUUAUGUGCAGUUCAGUGGUUGUUCUGUUUCAUCAAGAUUUUCCACAGCUGACAGCUUGCAGGAAGAGAAUGUUAAAAAUUUUAGAAACUCCUGGUUUUCUCACGACAACAUUGUUACCUCUUCCCGUGACGGCAGUGCAAUUAUUUGGAUUCCAAGAUCUCGUAGAUCACAUGGUAAAGUAGGCCGCUGGUCUCGAGCUUAUCAUCUUAGAGUUCCUCCCCCACCAUUGCCUCCACUACCACCACGAGGGGGUCCACGCCAGAGAAUUCUUCCAACUCCUCGUGGUGUAAAUAUGAUAAUCUGGAGCCUAGAUAACCGAUUUGUCCUUGCUGCUAUCAUGGGUUCUAGACUUAAUUGGGCACUUUUAAAGGUUCUGUGGACUAGGAUUGAGCAUGAUUGCAGAAUAUGCGUAUGGAAUGCUGCUGAUGGUAGCAUAGUACAUUCUUUGACUGGUCAUACUGAUUCUACGUAUGUUUUGGAUGUUCAUCCUUUCAACCCACGGAUAGCUAUGAGUGCUGGCUACGAUGGAAGAACCAUUGUCUGGGAUAUAUGGGAAGGUAAACCAAUUCGGAUAUAUGAAAUUGCUCGUUUCAAGUUGGUUGAUGGGAAGUUUUCAUCGGAUGGGACAUCUAUUAUACUUUCAGAUGAUGUUGGUCAAUUAUACAUUCUAAAUACAGGCCAAGGGGAAUCUCAAAUGAAUGCCAAAUAUGAUCAGUUCUUUCUUGGUGAUUAUCGACCACUUCUUCAUGAUACUUCCGGGAAUUCACUUGACCUGGAAACUCAGCUUAGUACAUACAGACGGAAUAUGCAAGAUCUCCUUUGUGACUCAGGGAUGAUACCAUACACAGAACCCUAUCAGACCAUGUACCAGCAACGGCGAUUAGGUGCUUUAGGAUUUGAAUGGAAACCUCAUCCUGAUAAUCUUGCUGUGGGGCCAGAUGUCAGUCUAGACCAGGAUUACCAAAUCCUGCCCUUGGCAGACUUAGAUGCAAUUGUUGAUCCACUGCCAGCAUUCUUAGAGGCCAUGGACUGGGAACCAGAAAAUGAAGUGCAAACUGAUGAUAAUGAUUCGGAGUAUAAUGUCACAGAGGAGUACUCUACAGGAGGGGAGCAAAGAAGUUUGGGUUCUUUCUCUGGUGAUCCAGAGUGCAGUUCGGAAGACAGUGAGAUUGACGAUGCUGAUAAAGAUGGCAUUCGUCGAUCAAAAAGGAAAAAACCAAAGGCUGAAAUUGAGAUCAUGACAUCUUCUGGUAGACGUGUUAAAAGAAGGAAUUUGGAUGAAUGUGAUGGCAAUUUAUUCAGUAAUGGCCAGAUUAAGAAAUCAAGAAAUGGACAAAAACCUUUACAGAGAAAGUCUUCUGCAUCAAAAACUUCUACAUCAAAAUCUUCUAGACCUCGAAGAGCUGCUGCGCGCAAUGCUUUGCACUUCUUUUCUAAAAUAACUGGAACAUCAACUGAUGGGGGAGAUGAAGAUGACUUUGAAGGUGAUUCAUCAGACAGUAAAUCUAUGGCACGAGAUUCAUACAUUGAGAGUGAUGAAUCUGAUAGAGCUUUGCCAAAUGAACAAAUCAAACAUUCAAAAGGAAAAGAAGUAUUAUUUGGUGAGUGUGAGGAUGUUGCUAAAAUUAAUGCACUUCCUGAAUCUCAUAAUACUGGGAAUAGGAGAAGAUUGGUCCUUAAAUUGCCUGGCCGUGAUCCAAAUAAGCUUGUGUCACCUGAAAGCACAGUGGAAAUAAAAUUUGACAGACAGGAAAAUUCUGUAGACUUGUCAUGCCAAGCUGCUGAAGAAGCCACCAAAGGAUUUGUAAAGCAUAUAAGAUCAUUGAAUCUGGGGUGUUCCUCUGGUAAUGUAAACUAUAGCAUGAUAGGUAGAGGAAUAAGAGGGCAGUCAGACAAGAUUGAAUAUCAUAUAGAUCUGACUGAAGGAUACAAAGAUGGGGCAAUUAAGUGGGGAGGAGUAAAGGCUCGUACCUCCAAGCGUCUGAAAUUGGGUGAACCCAUGUCAUCAGAUGUGUAUACUGGGUCUACACUAUGUCUUGACAACCACAAAGAAAAAGAAAAUGAUGUCAAUGGUUAUGUAAGACAGGGAAAGGCUUGCGCUAUUGCUUCCCUGACUACAGAUCUCCAAACUUGUGAGGAUAUGAAUGGUGAAGUGACAGUAAUGGAGAAGAAUCUUGAGAAUAACAGGGAAGCUUUGGAUGGUCCAGCUAAUGGUGAAGAGCACUCAGCUAAUGACAGGUUUGCUAAGGAUACAACUGCCCCAACUGUUCAUCAGGGUGGAACUGAUCAGCCCUCUGAGCUAAAAGAAGGCCUUACACCUAUUUCAACUAAGUUAAGAGUUUUCUCAAAAAGGACCACAAUCAACAAUGAAAGUCCUGGACUGAAGAUGAAACCUUCAAGAGAAGGUCAUAUGAAUGGUGGGUUUGCUGCAUUAAAUGAUAGCUCCUCAAAUGACUUGGUUUCAAGGAUACCAUUAGUUGAUGGACCCAAUGAAAUUAUUUCAGGUGGUGAAGGUGAUGAGUUUCUAGAUUCAGAUGCUCAUGUUGAUAGAAUUCCCAUGUCUGCUUGUGAUGAUUCUGUGGCGUUACAGCCAGAUUCAAAAAAGAUGUAUAAUGUUGUUUAUAGAAGGUCAAAGACACGGAGGGAUAAGUCAAAUUCAGAAGGCGUUGGUGCCAUGGUAGAAAGCACUACAAAUGAUUUCAACUAUAAUAGGAGUAUUGUAGUAGCUGGCCUCGGUGAAGGCACAACAAAUGGGGCUCAAAACAAACGGUCUAGUAGGUUGAAAGCAGGGCAUGUACUUCAAUCAGAGGACAUACAUAGAAGCACCUGGGUUGGUUCUACAAAUGGGUCUCAACUUCCUAGGGAGGAAUGCGGAUCAAGUUCAAGGUUGGCAGUUGGAUCAAGGUCUACUAGAAAUAGGAGAAGUAAUUACCAUUUCCAUGACAGUAGUCCGAUACGGAAGCCCCAUCAAUCAGCCAGAAAACUAUCAUGGUUAAUGUUGACAACACAUGAGGAGGGGUCCCGCUAUAUUCCUCAACUAGGUGAUGAAGUUGUAUAUUUGAGACAGGGGCAUCAAGAAUAUAUAGAUCAUAUUAGCUUGAAGGAAGCAGGACCUUGGACUUCACUGAAGGGGGGAAACAUGAUAAGGGCUGUGGAAUUUUGUAGAGUUGAAGAGCUUGAUUAUUCCACAUUUCCUGGGUCUGGGGAGAGUUGCUGUAAAAUGACUCUCAAAUUUACAGACCUUUCUUCAAGCAUGUUCAAUAGAUCAUUUAAAUGUACUCUCCCUGACUUGACUGGUUUCCCCGACUUCAUUGUAGAAAGAACUCGCUUUGGUGCUGCUAUCCAUAGAAAUUGGAGCUGCAGGGAUAAGUGCAGGGUCUGGUGGAAAGAUGAGAAUGAAAACGAUGGAAGUUGGUGGGAUGGCCGAGUUAUGGCUGUAAAGCCUAAAUCUUAUGAAUUUUCAGAUAGUCCAUGGGAAAGGUACUCUGUUCAGUAUAGGAGUGAGCCCAAGGAACCGCAACUUCACAGUCCUUGGGAGCUCUUUGAUGCGGAUACUCAGUGGGAGCAGCCACAUAUUGACAGUAAGAUAAGAGAUAAGCUGCUUUCUGCCUUUUCAAAUUUGGAGAAAUCUUCCCAUAAAGCUCAGGAUCAAUAUGCAGUCAAUAAAUUGAAGCAAGUUUUGCAGAAGUCUAAUUUCACAAACAGGUUUCCCGUGCCAUUAUCUAUCGAUAUUAUCCACUCUAGGUUGGAGAACAACUAUUAUCGAUGUUUAGAAGCAGUGAAGCAUGAUAUUAAGGUCAUGCUGUCAAACGCAGAAUCUUACUUUGGGAGAAAUGCAGAGCUCUCAUCUAAACUGAGAUGCCUAUCCAACUUGUUUACGCGGACAUUAUCAUCUUUGCAGCCCUCAUAGAUACAUCCAUAGUGAGACCAUCUAUGUAGAUAAUUAAAAGUUUAUGCUUUUAAUUUCCAUUUUUCUUUCACUUUUCCCUUAGAACCAAUUUUGGUAAUUGAUUUAUACUUCAGAUUCUUUCUAGAGAGAAGGUCUCAAGGGGAAAUUGGCCGGUAGUGUGGAAAAUUAUCCAACAAAAAGGUUCAUUGUUGUAUAGACAUCAGACAUUCACCAUCAUUUAUAACGAGGAAAAAAAAUUUUGUCAACGAAUUAGCAUGUGAAGUCUCCCGUCAGGUCCCAAAAGAAAGGAAUAGAAAACAGAGAGCUUUUUAGCGCAUGCUUUGAUUUUUAUGCAUUUAUGAGUUGCUAAAGUGGCUCUUCUUUCCUUUUCUGAAAAUGGUAUGAAGGCAGAAGUGGGAGCACAGGAGAUCCAAAAGGACGAGUUGGCUUCAAGAAGAGUGGGCUGGUCUUUGGUCUUUUAUUAACGAUCUUUGCAAUAAAAUAUACGAGUCAACCCCAGUUUGAGCUUAAAAAAUCCUUCAACUUGGGCCUUAACUAGGCUAAGGUUUUAGGCCUGAACCAGGCUAGGCUGUUGGCCUGAGCUGAUGCCACGGAUUAUUGAAUAACAAAAAAGACAAUAUUACUUGACUAUUUGAUAAACUCGUGACUCAAUCAAGCGUAGCUUGAGCUCCAAAAGAAAAAAAUUAUCUUUUUCUCGAACUUGAGUAGACUAAACUUCUCAUCUGUGGGCAUGACGAGUUGUUGUUAAAUCCAGAUGUGAAAGCCUACUUCUUUACCAAAGUAUAUUAUAAAUAGAGUUAAUCCAAAUGUGAAAUACUAACGUAGAAUUGACAAAUCUCAUUUUAUCUUUGUUUAACUCUUCAUUAAAACUUUUCCCAAACCCUACCUUAUGAUAGUCUGUCUAGACUUGUAUGAAUUGUAAAGUCAUAUCAGAUCUGUUACUAGAAAAUAUGAAUUCUAUUUGUAAUAAGCGCAGGUUUUCUUCGUAACC